UGGCUUUCAAACUGUGAUACUCCAUUAGAAAUUGAUUUUACUCCACAAACCAGUAUAUGAAACAAGAGUUUCAGAAAAUGUCUUUAAUAAGUGCAGUGUACGCUAAUAUUUCUCAUUCUAUCCUAUUGGGCGGUGGGGGCGGGGGGAGCUGUUUGCCAUCCCUAAAAAGAUAUCAAGACUCACUCAACCCUUUGUCCCUUGAAGCAGGUGUAGAAACAGAGGGCCAGAGAGCUUAUGUGGCUUAACCCAAGGGCUGUAAGAGGACAGAGCCAGGAAUAGAAGUGAGGUUAUUUUCUAAUCUGCAGUCCAGUGUUCUUUAACCACAUUGUGUCCCUUAUUGUAUGACUUCUGGAAGUAUUUUUCUUGAGACUGGUUUAUGUAGAAAAUAUUUGUUGAGUACUUAUUGUAUACCAUAAAUUUAUUUGUAUUAUAAAAAAUUGGCAUUGAAGGGGGAAAGGUGAGAGAGAUGACCCAGCAGAAAUGCACAUAGUCUCUGAGCUGCUUCUUUGAACGUUGGGUGAGGAGGGCUAGAGGAGCUGGGUUAGCAGCGCUCGCAGCACCUGGACACGUAGCUAACUUGAGGAAGAUAGGUUGUAGUUGGCAAAGCCGUUUAGCCAAAAUGGAGCUCGUUGGAUAUUAGAACCUUUUUCCAUCCAAAGCAUCCAAGUUACCCCAGCCGCUUGGAGGAUUUAAGUACCUGGGAUGCAAGCCACGUACAUAAUUUAAAAUUUUCUAGUUACCACAUUAAAAAGAUGAAAACAACCAGACCAGCUGCUAUGGAGUUGAUUCCAAUCCAUGGCGACCCCAUGUGUGUUAGAGUAGAACAGUGCUCCGUAGCGUUUUUAAUGACUGAUUUUGGGAAAGUAGGUCACCAGGUCUUUCUCCAGAGGUACCUCUGGGUGGACUGGAACCUCCAGCUUUUUGGUUAGCGGCCAAGCACAUUAACCAUAUGCUCCACCCAGGGACUAAAAUGAAAAUAGAACUUAAUGAUAUAUUUUAUUUAAUAUAUUUAAAAUACUAUUCCAACAUGUAAUUAAUAUUUAAAACCUUAAUGAGAUAUUUUACAUUUUUGUACUGUCCUCAAAUCCAGUGUAUAUUUUACAUGUAGUACAUCUCAGUUCAGACCAGCCACGUUUCAAGUACUCAGUAGCCACACAUGGCUAGUAGCUACUCUACUGAUGUAUAUGGCACCUAAGCAGCUAAAGAGGUAGACAAUUACCGACUUACUGUUUCCAAGCUCCAAAUCCAUCCUCCUUUGCGCUGCUUUGUUAGUCUGGAGCUGCACCCUAGAAACUCUGCUCUCUUGUUAGCUGGCAGGAUGUUAGGCUUCAUCAGUAGAGGGCACUAGAGCGGCACUGCAAGGCAAUAGCAGCAGGAAGACACUUGGGCACUGGUUCUCCGUUUUUACUCAUCUAGGGACCCAAUAGCCCAUGCAGAGGAACUCCAGCUAAACCUCAGGACACCUUCCCCCAACCUGGCUUCCACUUAGGCCCUCAGACAACUCACCACACUCUCAGGUAACUGUCUCCCCAAUUCUGUGGGUCACGCUAUCUGACAAGUUUCCUUACCACUGGCGUGCAUGUUCCUGUGGAAGUUAUGCCCUCUUGAAAGAAGUCUGACUCAGCUACGAGGGGAGGAGAACCUCUCCUAGUCUUUAUUUCCUUUAUUUUUCACUUUUCCUCAGCCUACAAGUAGUAGCUGUUUUUUUGUUUUGUUUUUCUAAAUACCUUUAGAAUUCUCUCUUAAUAGUUACCCAGCUUCUACUAGUUAAUAGUUACAUUAGAAUUUCCCUGUUCAAGUAUCUGGUAUGAUAUCUGCUUCCUCAUUGAAGUGACAUACUCUGGAAUCUGUUAAGAAGCCAUUUUAGAAUGGGGCCACUUGAUAAUAUGUUUUUGCCGUUAACAAAAGCCAUAUGGAAUUGUAUAUACCUGCGUUGUAAUCAAUGACAACAGGUGUUUUGUUUUAACCUAUAUUAAAACUUUCUAGAAGUUAUUUUAAAAUGUGCCUGUAAUGGAAAUAUGGCUUAGCUACUUUAAGUAUACCUAUUUGAUGCAGUUCCAAUUUUAUCUUUUAUUUUUUUCCUUCCGCUUUUUAGAUAUGUUCCUUUGUGUGGUGUACAGCAUUUGACUUUCAUACAAAGGUUAGCAAGAUAGAGACUUUAAUGUCUAGAAUUUGGAUGUAGGAAUCAACAUUCAUGCAGGUACCUUCCCAGUCUAUGUCCCCAAGUCUCCCAGCCUUUCUAAAUGUGAUGAUGAAGUAAAAUAUAGAACAUUUCCAUGAACACACUGGAAGCAUAUAGAGGUGCGUAGACUUUGGAGCCAGAUAAAGUGUGAAAAUGUUUCAGGCUAAAAUUAUAUCAUCUAAAUAUUGGCCGGGAAGAGGUCCUUUAUACAUUUGUUCCUGUGUUGUAACAGAUUCCAAGAAAAUCUUGUCUCUAUAACAGUGGGUGCUCUAAAGUUCACUUUUGUGAAGAGAUGGGAAGGCCCAUUACUGAGGCAGGGAUCUUCACUGGACUGCUGACAUUUCAUAAGGAGAUGCCAUCUCUACCCCCAGCUUCAGUGGUUACGUGGAUCUGCCCUUAAUCAGCAAGGAUAUCUGUACUCCAGGUACUUGUCAGAGAACAACUGUGUACUCUCUAUUGCCCAACACUUCAAAAUCUCAUUUCUGAGAAAUGUUUAUGUAAUCCAUCCAUUUCUCCAGAAAUUUCAAAAUUCUUAAAUUAAGCUCACUAUAGAGACGCCAAUGGCUUUUUUAAUGGCUCAUAGAGACCUUUGUGCCUGGGUUGCCUUGUUUGGCUCCACAUCGAGUUUCCUUUACCACACUUAACUUUGGACUGCAUUACGAAAAAGACAUUCAUACUAAGAACGACAUUGGUUUACUGUAGCACACAAUAGCUUCUUUGAGGACCUGCGGGAGAAAUGUCAAGUUUCAGUUCGGGAAUAAGUGUGCUUCUAAACAAAAGGUUUGCCCUAUCUUUUAAAGUCUAUGAAUAAUGUACCAAAUCACAUACUUACAGCUCAGAGUUUCAGCCAAGUUCACAGUCCGCUUACAGCAAAUGUAUAGGACAUUAAUGGUUUCCAUUACUCGGUCCUUACCUUUUGGCUUUAUCUGAUUUUUAGAAACAUUUCUCUUUUGCUGUAAUUUCAUUUUGUCUUUUCUUUUUUCUUUCCUCCCUUUUUACAUUUUGUACCAUGUUCUUAGAAACUGUCUCAUUUUGGGAUGAGGCAGAAUACAAAUAAACAAAGAUAUGGAGUGAAUGAGUUUUAAUAUUGUCUUCACUGGUCACCUGUGUGACCAGAACAGAUUUUCCCAGCUGUAAAAUGAGAAUCAUGCCUUUCAGGCUUGUGAGCAUUAAAUGACAUAAAAGUGUUAUAAAGCAUCCAGAAGGGCUCAUGAUACAUGGUAGGUGCUCUGAAAACAGAACAACCAGAAUGCAAUUUUAAAAGAGAAUGUUGACAUAUUGUGGAGUGACAUUAAUUACAUUUUUCACAAUAUGUCAACAUUCUCUUUAAAAUUGCAUUCUGGUUCUGUUUUCAGUAGUCUGAUUUCUCUGCCCCCCCUUAUCCUCUCAGCUUUGCUCUAGAGUGAUUGUUGGUCUUUUGGUCUUUUAUAGAUACUUCUUUUUACUGGAGCACUGUACUCACAGGUAAUAUCUGGAUACAUUCUUUCUUAAAUACAUACAUAUAUACACGUGUUAGGGACUUUGCCCUGAGAUUCUUGAGACAUAAAUAGGAAUGAAACAUAGACCUUACCCUCCAGGAGUUUUUGCUUGAGUUACAAAGGUCACUGAGUGAGCAGACAACUAUAAAACCGUGUGGUAGAGGUCUACACAGAAGGAAUGCCCGUCCUAGGCUAGGGGAGUCAGGAAGCUGCUUAGAAGAGGUGGGGCUGAGCUUGACCUUGGGCAGAGCCUUUUUACAAUUGGCUUUGAUACUAUCACAUUUUCUCAAAUUAUGCUGGAGACAUUGGGAAGGGGAUUACAGCCAGCAUCUUCCAAGUUCCUUUUGAAUUUCACGAUUAUAUGAAAACUGCUUGGAUUAAAGGAAAACUAGCCAAAUGAUUACCAGAAAAAAGUGGCAUGACAUUAACUGAUUAAAACAUUUUCUGAUAAAGUCAGGAACAACAGAAAGGCAGCAAAAUAAGUGUGCUACAGUGUUAUUUCUAGCUAUUUUACUGAAGUUUUAGAAAUUUAAGAACCCACACUUUGGGGCUUAAUAAAUAUAUAUGGAAUAGAUAAAUCUAUUCAUUUAAAAAAGUGGCAAUUUCUGGGAGAAAACUAUGUCUGGCAUAAAUGUAUUUAGUCUAGAAGCUACCAGAAGAUGUCGCUGUUUCCCAAGUAACCAUCCAUUACAUUGGCCCUUUUACAGUUCCGGUUUUUGAACACCGACAACCUAAGAAAGAUGUUGAUAAGAAUAUCUAGUUGGUGGUAUUGAAGCUAUGAAAAGGUUAGGAUCUCAUAAGAAAUACUUGUCGAAGAUGUCUGAGUUUGUUCCAUCUUCAUUCAGAACACCCAAAUAAUGAACCCUGUUCACUGUUCUAUAUAUUGAAAUUAUUUGGACAUUUAAAGAAAAGUGAAGGUGGUAAAAAGUCAUCCAAAACUUCCUCUCCAAUCUUGAUUUCCCCCCACAUUCUCAGGUUGUAUCCUUAUGAUGCAGCUGCAUUUACUAAAUUAUCAGAUUUUCUAGGAUAUUUUGGUCUUGGAACAAUUUAAGUAAACCUUGGGUCUUUUUUUCAAGUCACCACUCAUGGUAUAUAAAGCAAAGCUAAAGUUUUUCCAUGCUGUGAUAACACUGGAUGAAAUGAGCCAAUGUUUUCCCAAUUUCUCACAAAGAAGUGCUUAAGACUAAGUCUGAUCCAGUAUAUACUCGGAGUACCCAGAGAGUAACACACAUUAAAUAAAAAGAAAUCAUUCUAUUGUCCUAUAGCAGGAAAACCAGUAAAAAAAAAAAAAAAGGAUGAAUGUCUUAUGUUGGGGGCUGUGGGGAGUGUGAUCCUCCAAGUUGAAAUGAUAACUUGUUACGGGCAACCAGUGACAGCAAGCAAAUGAGUACAUGGGUGUGAUUUCUACUCCCAGCUCUGCCUGAUAACUCAGAAGAACCAAGAAUAUCACUGGUCCUCUCCAUGCCUUUGGCUUUAGCAGUAACGCGGAACAGUCUGCCCAACCUAGUUCUCUAAGUAGUUAGGAGGCUCAAAGAAGCAGUGAAGAGUGAAGUUCAAACUGAUCAUGAAUAUAAGGAAUUCACGUUCUAAGAAAACUCUUCUAUGAUAACAGUGAAAUAACAAAUGCUUCCAAGCUGGGUAUUUAAAGGCAUCGUAAACCCAACCCAAAAUUGUUCCUGUUGAUUCCAAUGCAUAACAGCCCCAUGUGUUUUACAGAGUAGAACUGCUCCACAGAGUUUUCUUGGCUAUAAACUUAAUGGAAACAGAUCGCUAGGGCUUUCUUCUUUGGUACCACUAGGUGGGUUCAAACCUUCAGCCUUUAGUGUAGCAGUGGAGUACAAACCAUUUGUACCUCUUAGGGACUAAAAACAUCAAUUUCUGUGUUUUGACUAUCUGGUAAUUUAUUUUAAAACCCUGUUAACAUAAUACUUGGGAAAAAAAUGUCACCUAAUAUUUAGGUGCGGGAUCAAAAACCUGGUGAUCUGCUCCCAUAUAAGGUUACAGCAUAGGAAAUCCUAUGAGACAGUUCCACUCUGUCCUAUUGUGUUGCUAUGAGUCGGAAUUGAUUCCACUGCACACAACAGCAAUAAUGUUUAGGCAGUUACAGUGAUGGACUGAAAACAGACCUUGAUAUGUUUCUAGUGUGUCCAUGUAUGCAAUUUUACAAAGUAUUACAGAGAAGGAUUUUAUUUAAUAGUGGUAGACAAAUCCUGUAACUUAGGAACAUAGAGGCAAUUUAAUUGAACUCCAGUACCUAACUCAUGGUCAGCGGAAAUAUAAUGGGAUUAACAGUGUUUUAUUGUAGACUGGAAACAGUGGGAUAUAAUAAAGUGAGCAUUUAUAAUCAGAUGGGUUUAAAUCUGGCUGCACCAAAGCUAAUUGUGUCAUUUUUGACAAGUUCUUGAGGUUUAGCCUCAUUUUCCUCAUACAUAUGAUAGGAAUAAUCUUAUUUUGUCAUCCAACUUUGCCAUAUCCACUUUUUUGUUCUACUUUGUGAGAAUGAAAGUCGAGUAAAAACGAUAAGGAAGCAAUUCCAAUAGGAGGGGUGUCUUACCCAGACUGGGGUGGGUGGUGGCAAUCUCCACCCAGGAGCUAAUACAUCAGUGUUUAAUAUUAAUUUCUCUUCAUUUCUGUCAGUUUGCCCUAAAUGUUAGUGGAACUUUUAAAAGAAGAGAAACAGAUUAGUAUAUAAUGUUUAAAAUCACCCAAUUAUAUUUAUUUUUUAAGAUUUCUAUGGUAGCUAGUGCAAGCUUACGUAUAGUUAGGUGCUCAAUAAGGUUUUUAAAGACACAAGGAUUCUGAAUACAUCUUUUCUGAGUUAAGCACAAGGCACCCUUCACUACCCACGACAGGAUUAUAGGAUCACAAUGUACCAUGUACUAUGGUGGUAGAAGUUCAGGAGGUGGGCUCAAGGAACUAGUCUCAGCUCUGCUUCUCCUGGUCAGGUUACACUGGGCAAAACUUGAGUCUUGAUUUCUUCAUGUGCUUACUUGCUUCACAAGGUUGUUGUGAGAAUCAGAUGAGAUAUUUCCAAGUGCUUUGUAUACGAGUGUUGACUAAUAUUAAUAAAAGUUAAUAUUAAAUAUAAGAGAAAUACAAUAAUAAUCAAGUUUUGUAAGUAUUCUGAUUAGUACUACUCAUAGUUAUUAACAAUAUACAAAUUUUAAAGGAUUGAGAGAAGUCCUGAAUAAAUUAGAACUUUUUUGUUGUUGGUCUCAGUAUGUUAUGGAGGGUGGGUAGAAGGAAUAUGGGGUUGUGGUAGGGAAUAGGGUUGGUUGGAAGAUCUGCCUCAGAAUUCAAGAGAGAAGGAACCCUAAUAUUAUUUAUUCUCUCCGUUACCUUUGUUUCCUGCAAAGACUCUUACCCAGAUGACUAAUUGGUCCUUACCUCUGCACCUGGUUCAAAUUCUCCACCUAAUUUUUGGGUUGGAUUUGAUAAAGCUAUUUUCUUGAAUAAAUAUUAUCUUAGGGUUGCUUGUUUGGGACUUGUUUGUUUGCAUUUUUUGUCUAGGUAGCAGAUUGGAACAACAUGGCUCAUGACCAGCCCAUGAGCUCCACUUGUUUCCCUGUUGGAAGCUGGAGUCCUACCUAUUGUUGAACUGCACAGUCUGGCUGGCUCACACGGUGUUAGGGAGAGGGAGUCUUGGCAUUAUAGAGUUUGGGCUUUAAAUAAUUGCUUUAGUCAAGUUUCUUUAUUUGAGAACAGUAGAAACCAGCUUAGUUAGAGUAAACAAAGAAGAUGGCAAUUUAAGAAUGCGAGCAUUUCAUGGAAACCAAGGCUAGAGGGGCAGCUGAGUCUAAGACAGGAACUGGAAGGCCAUUAGAAACAUAGACACCCUUUCUUUGUUCUCCUGUUUCAUUCCUCUCACUCUAUCAGAUAUGUGUUCUCUGCUUUCCAGUCCAUGAAGUGAAUGUAGCCACCCCACAGUUACAGUUCCAGGGUCCUGUAAGAUUAACUAGCAAUCUUUCAAUUCCAAAGCUAAGUUACCAGGAAAAUCUGUCAUCUGAUUGGCUCACUUUGGUGCUGGUGCCCAUACCUGGUCCAUUUAAUAGGGCCAGUGGCAUGGGUAAUAUUAUAGUGUAUACAGGACUUUUCAGGACCUAUUGCUAUAAAUAUGGUUAAGUGCAAUAACUGUUAACCAAGAGGUCGGCAGUUCGAAUCCACCAGGCACUCCUUGGAAACCCUAUGGGGCGGUUCUCCUCUGUCCUAUAGGGUCGCUAUGAGUUGGAAUCGACUUGAUGGCAACAGGUUUUUAUCACUAUAAAAGGCUGGGGAGAGGGUACUAUAAGUUCUCUGAGAAUGGGGAAUUGUUAGAAUCUGGGCAAGUACUCCUAAGGGUGGCUUGCUUAAUGUUAUUUUCUCUAAGGGAAGAGGCUGACACAGUAUAAAGUGAUCGGAAGUCUUUAAAUAUAUGUCAGUGGCUGAAAUUUGUUCUAAUAUGUAUACAGUCUGCAUAUCCCUGGCGUGCACCAAAACUUUUGUUUUAGGGCCGCCAGAGAGUUCUGAACUACACACGGUGUCCCCUAUCUUUGACACAUUUUGAAGUAGGGAGCACGUGUUUAAGGCUCUUCUGUAACUGAAUUAUGUAAAGCUUGAGGUCAUCUCUCCAGCCUGUAUUCUACCACACAUGCACACCUGGCUCUCUGAAACAAUGCAAGAUUUCUCCAGGUGUCUUGCAUGUAUUUGCUCCACAUUUCUUUUAUUGUGUCUGACUCCUUCUCUCUCAUUCCACCUCCUCAUCUAAAAAGCUUUCUCCCCACUCCCAUCAGCAGGAUGUUAGGUGUCCAUCUCUGUACUCCUGUCAAGAAUUGCCAUUAAGUCCACUCCAACUCAAGGUGACGCCAUGUGUUUCAGGAUAGGACUGUUGCUCCAUAGGGUUUUCAGUGGCUAAUUUUUUGGAAGUAGAUCAUCAAGCCUUUGUUCUGAGGUGUCUCUGGUUAGGGGUCAAGUCUAUAUUAACUGUACUACUCAAGGACUCCUAUAAUAGGCAACCCUCUAAUGGCACCCACUACACUGUGAUGGACUCAUUCUUUUUCUGGUUUGUUGGUUUCUUCAAGGAGAAUAUUACAGUUCAACCCUAUAUCAACAGUGUCUCAAAAGGGCCUACCACAUAGAAGGCGCUCAGUAAACGGGGCAAAUGAAUAAAUGAAUAAAAUGAACCUCAGCUCUGGAAUGUCUGGCUUUAUAAUUUCUUGUCAUACUUUGAACAGCUGUAGUGUAAAAGUUAAGAGUACAGGCUCUGUCAUGGAUUGAAUUGUGUCCCCAAAAAUGUAUGUCAGUAUGGCUAGGUCUUGAUUCCUAGUAUUGUGUGAUUGUCCACCAUUUUGUCAUCUAAUGUGAUUUUCCUCUGCGUUGUAAAUCCUACCUCUAUGAUGUUAAUGAGGCGGGAUUAUUGGCAGUUAUGCUAAUGAGGCAGGACUCAAUCUACAGAUUAGACUGUGUCUUAAAUCAAUCUCUUUUGAUGUAUAAAAGAAGUGAGCAGUGAGACUUGGGGAUCUCACACCGCCAAGAAACAAGAGCCAGGAGAAUAGCGUGUCCUUUGCACCCCCGGUCCCUGCACUGAGAAGCUCCUCGACCAGAGGAGGAUUGAUGAGAAGGACCUUCCCCCAGAACCGACAAAGAGAGAAAGCCUUCCCCUGGAGCUGACAUCCUGAAUUUGGACUUGUAGCCUACUAGACUGUGAGGGAAUAAAUUUCUCUUUGUUAAAGCCAUCUACUUGUGAUAUUUCUGUUAUAGCACCACUAGAUUUCUGGGUUCAUAUCCCAUCUCUGCUCAGUUUCCUAGCUAUGUGAGCUUGGAAAAUUAACCUCUGUGUGCUUAGUUCCCUCAGCUAUAGGUGGUAUUAUGAUGGUGCCUACGUCAGAGUAGUUGUGGGAUUAAAUGAGUUAAUAUAUGUUGAAUAUUUAAAGCCUAGCACCUAACAAAUGCUCGAUAAAUGCUAGUAAUUAUCAGCCAUCUAAAUCACACCCAUGAAGAUCAUGGUCUCGGGGAACAUCUAUCUCAAUCGGCAUAACACAGUUUAUAAAGGAAAUGUUCUACAUUCUACUUUGGUGAGUAAUGUCUGGGCUCUUAAAAGCUUGUGAUUGGCCAUCUAAAAUAUUCCACUGGUCUCACCCCAUCUGGAACAAGGGAGAAAGAAGAAAACCAAAGGCACAAGGGAAAGAUUAGUCCAAAGGAUUAACGGACCACAACUGCCAUGGCCUCCACCAGAUUGAGUCCAGUACAGGUAGAUGGUGCCUGGCUACCACCACUGACUGCUCUGAAAGGGAUCACAAUAGAGGGUUCUGGACAGAGCUGGAGAAAAAUGUAGAACAAAAUCCUAACUCACACACACACAAAAAAAAGACCAGACUUAUUGGCCUGACAAAGACUGGAGAAGCCCCGAGAGUACUGCCCCCAGACACCAUUUUAGCUCAGUACUAAAGUCACUCCUGAGGUUCACCCUUCAGCCAAAGAUUAAACAGGCCCAUAAAACAAAACAAGACUAAAGGGGCACACCAAUCCCGGGGCAAGGACUAGAAGGGAGGAGAUGACAGGAAAGCUGGCAAUAGGGAACCCAAAGUUGCAGAGGCGGAAUGUUAACAUGUUGGGGGGUUGUUAACCGAUGUCACAAAACAAUAUGUGUACUAAUUGUUUAAUGAGAAGCUAGUUUUUUUUUUCUGUAAACCUUCAUUUAAGGUACAAUUAAAAAAAAGAAAAAGGUAAGCAUAAAAUAAAUAAAUCACCCCCAUGAAACUUUUAUAAGUUCAGGUGUGUUUCAUUAGCAAUAUGUUCUACAAGAAUGGUUUCUUAGUUUUCUAGUGCUGCUAUAACAGAAAUACCACAAAUGAGUGGCUUUAACAAACAGAAAUUUGUUUUCUCACAGUUUAGGAGAUUAGCAGUCCAAAUUCAGGGUGCUGGCUCUAGGAGAAAGCUUCCUCUCUCUGUAACUCUGCCCUCUUUUGAACUUCAUGUGGCUUGGCAUCUCUCACUUGUUUAAUCUCUUUAAUAUCUCAAAAGAGAUUGACUCAAGAUACACCCUACACUAAUUCUGCCCCAUUAACAUAACAAAGACCACCAAUCCCCAAAUGGGAUUAUAACCACAAGCGUAGAGGUUAGGAUUCGAAACACAUAUUUUGAGGGAACGCCAUUCAAGCAAUAAAAAUGGUUAGUGUUCUCAGCAGUCAUUGACCUUUAAAAGAGUUUCAUGUGGUUUUUGCCUAGUUGUUGUUAGGUGCUGUUGAGCCCAUUCCGACUCAUAGCGACCCUAUAAACAACAGUACGAAACACUGCCGAGUCCUGAACCAUCCUCCCAAUCGUUAUUAUGCUUGAGGCCAUUGUUGCAGCCACUGUGUCAAUCCAUCUCGUUGAGGGUAUUCCUCUUUUUCACCGACCCUCUACUUUACCAUGCAUGAUGUCCCUCUACAGGGACUGGUCCUUCCUGAUAACCUGUCCAAAGUAUGCUUGCAAUGAGCAUUCUGGCUGCACUUCUUCCAAAAUAGAUUUGUUCUUUCUUCUGGCAGUCCAUGGUAUAGUCAAUAUUCUUCACCAACGUCAUAAUUCAAAGGCAUUGACUCUUCUUCAGUCUUCUUUAUUCAUUGUCCAGCUUUCACAGGCGUAUGUGGUGACUGAAAACACCAUGGCUUGGGUCAGGCACACCUUAGUCCUUAAAAUGACAUCUUUGCUUUUUAACACUUUAAAGAGGCCUUUUGCAGCAGAGUUGCCCAAUGCAAUGUAUCAUUUGACAUCUUAACUGCUGCUUCCAUGGGUGUUGAUUGUGGAUCCGAGUAAAAUGAAAUCCUUGACAACUUCAGUCUUUUCUCUGUUUAUCGUGUUGUUGCUUAUUGGUCCAAUAGUGAGGAUUUUUUUUUCUUUUCGUUGAAGUGUAAUUUAUACUGAAAGCUGUGAUCUUUGAUCUUCAUCAGGAAGUGCUUCAAGUCCUCUUCAUUUUCAGCAAUUGAGGUUGUAUCAUCUGUAUAUUGAAGGCUGUUAAUGAGUCUUCCUCCCAUCCUGAUGAUGCAUUCUUCUUCAUAUAGUUCAGUUUCUUGAAUUUGCUGAGCAUACAGAUCAAAUAAGUAUGGUGAAAGGGUACAACCCUGACCCACACCUUUCUUGAUUUUAAGCCACCCGGUACUCCCUUAUUCUGCUUGCAUGACUGCUUCUUGGUCUAUGUAUAGGUUCCUCAUGAGCACAAUUAAGUGUUCUGAAAUUCCCAUUCUUCACAAUAUUAUGCAUAAUUUGUUAUGAUCCACACAGUCGAAUGCUUUUGCAUACUAAAUAAAACACAGGCAAACAUCUUUCUGGUAUUCUCUGGUUUCAGCCACGAUCCAUUUGACAUCAGCAACGAUGACCCUCAUUCCAUGUCCUCUUCUGAAUCCACUUUGAAUUUCUGGCAGUUUCCUGUUGAUGUACUUCUGCAACUGCUUUUAAAUGAUCAUCAGUAGUGAUAUUGAUCGAUAAUUUCCACAUUCUGUUGGCUUAUGUUUCUUUGGAAUAGGCAUAAAUAUGGAUCUCUUUCAGUCAGUUGGCCAGGUAGGUGUCUUCCAAAUUUCUUGGCCUAGAUGAGUGGGCACUUCCAGCGCUGCAUCUGUUUGUUGAAACAUCUCAAUUGGUGUUCCGUCAAUUCCUGGAGCCUUGUUUUUUGCCAAAGCCUUCAGUGCAGCCUGGCCCUCUUCCUUUAGUACCACUGGGUCUUGAUCAUAUGCUACCUCCUGAAAUGGUUGAACGUCGACAAAUUCUUUUUGGUACAGUGACUCUGUGUAUUCCUUCCAUCUUCUUUUGAUGCUUCCUGUGUUGUUCAAUAUUUUGCCCGUUAAAAAAAAAAAAAAAAACAUUUCCUUCGAGUUGAUUCCAACUUAUAGCGACCCUAUAGGACAGAGUAGAACUGCCCCAUAGUCUUUCCAAGGAGUGCCCGGUGGAUUCUAACUGCUGACCUUUUGUUUAGCAGCCACAGUGCUUAACCACUACCCCACCAGGGUUUCCAUUUUUCCCAUAGAAUCCUUCAAUAUUGCAAUGCAAGGCUUGAAUUUUUUCUUCAGUUCUUUCAGUUUGAAAAAUGCUGAGUUUGUUCAUCCCUUUUCAUUUUCAAACUCCAGGUCUUUGCACAUUUCAUUAUAAUACACUACUUUGUCUUCUUGAGUCUCACUUUGAAAUCUUCUGUUCAGCUCUUUGACUUCAUCAUGUCUUCCAUUUGCUGUAGGAAGUUACUCUACAUUCAAGAGCAAAUUUCAGAGUCUCUUCUGACAUCCAGUUUGCUCUUUUUUUUUCUUUCUUGUCUUUUUAACCACCUUUUGCUUUCCUUGUCUAUGAUGUCCUUGAUGUCUUUCCAGAACUUCUCUGGUCUUUGGUCAUUAGCGUUCAAUGCAUCAGGUCUGUUCUUGAGAUGGUCUCUAAAUUCAGGUGGGAUAUAGUGAAGGUUGUACUUUGGUUCUCGUGGACUUCUAAUUUUCUUCAGCUUUAACUUGAAGUUGCAUAUGAGCAAUUGAUAGCCUGUUCCAUAGUCGGCCCCUGGCUGACAACAUUGAGCUUCUCCAUCAUCUUUUUCCACAGAUGUAGUCCAUUUGAUUCCUGUGUAUUUCAUCUGAUGAGGUCCAUGUGUAUAGUCACCAUUUAUAUUGGUGCAAAAAAGUAUUUGCCGUGAAGAAGUCAUUGGUCUUGAAAAAUUCUGUCAUGCGAUCUCCAGCAUCAUCUCUAUCACCAAGGCCAGAUUUUCCAACUACCAAUCCUUCUUUUCUGUUUCCAACUUUCAAAUUUCAAUCACCAGUAAUUUAUCAAUACAUCUUGAUUGCAUGUUUGAUCAAUUUUGGACUGCAGAAGUUAGUAAAAAUCUUCAAUUUCUUCGUCUUUGAAAUUGGUGGUUGGUGCAUAAAUUUGAAUAAUAGUCAGAUUAACUGGUCUUCUUUGUAGGCAUAUGGAUAUUAUCCUAUCACUGACAUCAUUGUACUUCAGGAUAGAUCUUGAAAUGUUCUUUUUGUUGAUGAAUGCAACACCAUGCCUCUUCAAUUUGUCCUUCCCAUCAUACUAGACCAUAUGAUUGUUUGAUUCAAAAUGGCCAUGUUUAUGCAUUCCAUUUUAUUUCUGAUGACUUCCAACUUUCCUAGAUUCAUACUUCGUACAUUCCACGUUCUGAUUAUUAAUGGAUAUUUGCAGAUGUUUCUUCUCAUUUUGAGUCAUGCCACAUCAGCAAAUUAAGAUCCUGAAAGCUUAAUUCCAUCCAUGUCAUUAAGGUCAACUCUACUUGGAGAAGGCAACUCUUCCUCAGUUAUAUUUUGAGUGCCUUCUUUUUUUUUUUUCCAACAUGAGGGGCUCAUCUUCUGGCAAUAUAUAAGACAAUGUUCUGCUGCUAUUCAUAAGGUUUUCACGGGCCAGUUUUUUUCAAAAGUAGACUGCCAGGUCCUUCUUCCUAGUUUGUCUUAGUCUGGAAGCUCCACUGAAACCUGUCAUCCAACGGUGCCUCUGCAAGUAUUUGUGAAACCAGUGGCAAAGCUUCCAGUAUCAUAGCAACAUGCAAGUCAUCCCUGUAUGACAAACUGACAGAUACGUGGAGUGGUUAUAAUUAAAAAAGAGAGAAUAACAAAUGUUGGCAAGGAUGUGGAGAAAUGGGAACCCUCAUACAUGGCUGGUGAGAAUCUAAAAUGAUACAGACAUUUAAGAAACUAAUUUGGCAGUUUCUUAAAAAGUUAAACAUAGAGUAUGAUACAAUCCAACAUUUAAUACAAACAUGUGAUUCAACAAUUCCAGUCCUUGGUGUAUACCCAAGAGGACUGAAACAUAUGUCCACACAAAGACACACAUGUUCUAACAACUUUAUUCACAAUAGCCAGAAAUUGGAAAAAAGCUAAAUAUUCCUUAACAGGACAAUGGACAGACAAAAUAUGGUAUGUUAAUACAAUGGAAUAUUAUUCAGCAAAAAAAGGGAAAAUGUUACUGAUAUAUGCUAUAAUGUGAACAAACAUUUUAAAUCCUUAUACUAAGUGAAAGAAGCCAGACACAAGAGAUUUGAUUUAUAUGAAAUGUGCAGAAAAAUAAAAUAUAUAGAGGCAGAAAGUAGAUUAGUGGUUGCCUGAUGCUGGUGUUGGGUGGGAGAAGAUUGACUAACAAUAAAUAUGGGGCAUUGUACUGGAGAGAUAGAAAUGUUCUAGAGUGGCUUUAUGUUGCUGGUUGCACAACUUGGUAAAAUUACUAAAAAUCAACUAUUGAAUUGUACACUUGAAAUGGUAUACAAAAUAUGCCUUAAUAAAGUAGGAGAGGGAGAGAGAUUGAGAACAGGGCUGGAUCCAGGCUGUUCAGAUCUGAAACCUGGGCUCUGCUAACUAGCUGUGUCAUCUCAGGCAAACCUAACCUCUCUUUUUCUCAGUUUCCUGUCAAUAAAAUUGGGGAAAAUAAUGUUACUCUCCUAAGAGAGGAGCCCCUGGGUGGUGCAAACAGUUAAUGUUCUCAGCUGUUAGCCAAAAAUUUCGAGGUUUGAGUUCACCCAGAAUAACCUCAGAAGAAAGUCCUGACAAUCCAGCACCAAAAAAAAUCUGCAGUUGAAAAUCCUGUGGAGCACAGUUCUACCCUGACGCACGUGGGGUUGCCCUGAGUGGGAAAUGACUCAAUGGCAACUAGUUUUUAGUUUAUCCUAACGAAAGUGUUAAGAAGAUUGUGAUAAUACAUAAAGACUGCUUAGUAUAGAGUUUGAAGCAUAGAACAGCUCAGUUAAUCUUAGCAACAAUAACAAUAAUAAUAAUAGCUAUUAUUGGUAGUAGUAUUUAACCCUGGUAUUGCAGUGGUUAAGCAUUUGGCCACUAACUGAAAGGUCAGCAGUUGGUGGUUUGAACCCAUCAGCUGCUUGGUGGGAGGAAGGUGUGGCAGUCUGCUUCCCUAAAGAUUACAAACUUGAAAACUCUAUGGGGCAGUUCUACUCUGUCUUGUAGGGUCACUAUGAGUCAGAGUCAACUUGAUGACUGCGUUAUUUAACCUCCUGAGGCUCCAGCUCUGAUUUAGUUUAACUUAAUUCAAACAUUGGAGAAGGAUUUGCCUACUGGCUUUUCCUUGCCAGUGACUGGUCCGGUGGCAAUGACUUCUGGGAAAUCUGAGAGCCUAAAGCACAUGGCUUGUCAGUCAUCUGCAGACUGGUGAAUUGGAGCAAAGGAGCCUCAUGGAUGAGGGCUGCUUCUUGAUGGCAGCAUCACUGAUGGAGGCAUCAUCCUGCUACUCAUAAAAUGUGGGCACAAUGAGUGAUAUUUCAACCCCAGUCCAACAAGUAGUUAGGUUACACCCACUAUAUGCCAGGCCCUACUGGGGAGAAUAACAGGUUAUUUGGAGGUACAGAGGAAGGACUCCUAACCAUGUCUAUAAGUAUUUCUAGAGGAGGUAGUGUCUUAGUGGGCCUUCAGGGUCCCUAGAAGUUACUCAGAUAAAGAGAGUUACCCAGACAGAAGGAACAGGUUGGGUGAAGCCCCAGAGGCAAUAGGGAGCUUGCUGAGUGCAGUGAACUGCUGAUAUAGAAAGCAGAGUGACAAGGAACAAGUUUGGAUAGGGGGACUGUGAUUGUUUAGACAACUAUAUGGUAAAAGAGCCAGUUCACACAAGACCACCCUCAUUUCUUACACCAAUUACAAGUUUGGGAGGUUCCCAAAAUCACUCUCACGUUUGAGAAUUCACUGGAAGGACUCGCAGAACUCACUGAAAGCUGUCAUAGUCACAGUUAUGGUUUAUUACCAGGAAAAAAAGAUGUAGCUUAAUACCAGCCAAAGGAAAAAGCACAUUGGGCAAAGUUCAGGAAAAGUUUAAAGCACAAAAUUCUGUUCUCCUCUCCCUAUGGAGUCAUGGACAGUGUUAUUUUUCUGGUAUCAAUGUGUGACAACACAUGUGGAGUAUUGCCAGUCAGGGAUGCUCACCCAAGCUUCAGUGUCCAGAGUUUUUAUUGAAUCUCCAUCAUGUAGACAUGAUUGAUUGCCCACAUGGCUGAUCUCAGUCUCCAGACCCUCUGAAAGUUGACUGAUACUGUGUGGCCCAAAGUCCCUACCCUAAGUCACAUUGUUAGUCUUUCUGGAGUGGCAAGCCCCUACCCUGAGACCAUCCAGUGUGGCCAGCUCUGCCCCCACCCCCCCCACCAAGGUCAUAGUGUUAGACUGUCUGGUGACCCAAGGUCUCUAGGCAAAGACAUGCCUAUCAGAAGGACCAUCUUCCAGAGACUAAGGAUAAAACUCAGACCUUGUUUUGGACAAGGUUAAAUUCUUCAGUACACAGGGCCAUGUUUGCCACAGUAAAGAACUACGUUUAUCCUGAGCACAACAAGGAGUCAGUGAAGAGAAGUCAGCAGGUUCCGUGGCUGGGUCGGUUAUCUUCUGGUCCCAAUGGCACCUACGCACCAUGCCUUGAGAGAUCUUGCUGUGUUGAUCAGGAGCAAAUAAAUGCCCUCUUAGAUGUUUGUGGCCUGGAUUUUGCAUUUAGCCUACUCAGGUGCAAGUGUGUUCUGCCUGGGACCACAUCCCACUAGCAGUCUGGUUGAAAAACUGUUUCAUGUCUCCCAGGAGGGCACGAAAGACAUAAAGCGAUGGCUGAGAGCCUGUCUGCAGGGCCAGCACUCAGGAAAGCAGUGGACUUGUAAAUGUUUAAUAAACUUCACUCUGGGUGCCUGCUCUGGCCAAAAGCCCAUUAACAAGCCCAAGUGGCUAAGGGGCAGGUAAUGUGCCCGUUACUAUAGCAUCACCUUGGAAAAUCUCACUCAGUGAGAGCCCAGCUGAGCUCCGGUAGGGCAGGAGGGGACUGUGAUCAGAGUGCAGGAGGGGCUGGAGGCAGGCCACAGAUGCUGGUGCUGGUCUUGGGACUCCUCGUGGGCUGGAACCCACUUUAGCUUCUCCAGCUGCAGCCCCUGGGAGGGAGAGAGGCUGUGCUCAGUCUGAGAGUGGCUGCCUGAGACAGCGGCCACAGGCUGCUGCUGAGCCUGCAGCUUGUUCAAGGGGCUGAGUUUCCAGCCAGACACACCUUGGCAUUUUUUUUUGUGGGGGAGGGUCUCAUCUUGAGAGAUCUGGACUGGAUUUCAUCUCCUUUUUGAUUUUAAGUCAUUACCUCCAUGAGAACUGACUUCAAGGUGUUCAGCAAGGCAAACAGAGUGGUCCCCAUGCUGGAAACGAGAAAGGAUGACAGUUUCUGAGACUGACUUUUAACAGCUCCAAGGUGCCCGAUUCAAAAUGCCUUUUAAAGCUCUUGAUGCCUUGAAAGAAAAAUUUGUGAAACCUGGAAAGGAAGGAGUGAAGAAAGCCAUGGGAAAUUCGUUGGGGAUUUUGCAAAGAAAAAUUGAUGGAACCAAUGAGGAAGAAGAUAAUAUUGAGCUGAAUGAAGAAGGAAGGCCAGUGCAGACUUCCAGGCCGAGCCCCCCACUGUUUGACUGCCACUGUUGUGGCAUCCCCAAGCGUUACAUCAUCGCCAUCAUGAGCGGGCUGGGAUUCUGCAUUUCCUUUGGGAUUCGGUGCAAUCUUGGAGUUGCCAUCGUGGAAAUGGUCAACAACAGCACUGUGUAUGUUGAUGGAAAACCAGAAAUUCAGACAGCACAGUUUAACUGGGAUCCAGAGACGGUGGGCCUUAUCCACGGAUCUUUUUUCUGGGGUUAUAUUGUGACACAGAUUCCAGGUGGUUUCAUUUCAAACAAGUUUGCUGCCAACAGGGUCUUUGGAGCAGCCAUUUUCCUAACGUCGACUUUAAACAUGUUCAUUCCUUCUGCGGCCAGAGUGCAUUACGGCUGUGUGAUGUGUGUCAGAAUUUUACAAGGUCUAGUGGAGGGUGUGACCUACCCAGCCUGCCAUGGGAUGUGGAGCAAGUGGGCACCACCUUUGGAGAGAAGCAGACUGGCCACAACCUCUUUUUGUGGUUCCUAUGCAGGGGCAGUGGUUGCCAUGCCCCUGGCUGGGGUUUUGGUGCAGUACAUUGGAUGGUCCUCUGUCUUUUAUAUUUAUGGUAUGUUUGGGAUUAUUUGGUACAUGUUUUGGCUGUUGCAGGCCUAUGAGUGCCCGGCAGCUCAUCCAACAAUAUCCAACGAGGAGAGGACCUAUAUAGAGACAACUAUAGGAGAAGGAGCCAAUAUAGUCAGUCUAAGUAAAUUUAAUACACCAUGGAAAAGGUUUUUCACAUCACUGCCGGUUUAUGCAAUCAUUGUGGCAAAUUUCUGCAGAAGCUGGACCUUUUAUUUGCUGUUAAUAAGCCAGCCUGCUUAUUUUGAAGAGGUCUUUGGAUUUGCAAUAAGUAAGGUGGGUCUCUUGUCGGCAGUCCCACACAUGGUUAUGACAAUUAUUGUGCCUAUUGGAGGACAACUGGCUGAUUAUUUGAGAAGCAGAAAAAUUUUGACCACAACUGCUGUGAGAAAAAUCAUGAACUGUGGAGGUUUUGGCAUGGAGGCAACCUUACUUCUGGUGGUUGGCUUCUCCCAUACCAAAGGGGUGGCUAUCUCCUUUCUGGUGCUUGCCGUGGGAUUUAGUGGCUUUGCUAUUUCAGGUUUCAAUGUCAAUCACCUGGACAUUGCUCCCCGUUAUGCCAGCAUUCUCAUGGGGAUCUCAAAUGGAGUAGGAACCCUCUCUGGAAUGGUCUGUCCCCUCAUUGUUGGUGCAAUGACCAAGCACAAGACCCGAGAGGAAUGGCAGAAUGUGUUCGUCAUAGCUGCCCUGGUACACUACAGUGGCGUGAUCUUUUAUGGGGUCUUUGCCUCUGGGGAGAAACAGGAGUGGGCUGACCCUGAGAAUCUCUCUGAGGAGAAGUGUGGAAUCAUUGACCAAGAUGAAUUAGCUGAGGAGACAGAACUCAACCAGGAGAGGUUUGCAAGUCCGCGAAAGAAGAUGUCUUAUGGGGCCAUGACCCAGAAUUGUGAAGUCCGAAAGAAUGAAUGGAGAGGGCACAGAGGAGAGACUCUUAUUGAGGAAGAGCUGACGUCUUACCAGAACGAAGAAGGAAAUUUCUCAGAUGCAUCCUAAUGUCUGAGGGGCACCUCAUCUUCUCCUUACUGUAGAACCAGAAAUUAUCCAUACCUAUUAUUACCUUCUCCAUAGUUGGGCUUUUGCCAGAGGUCCAAGUAUGGGGACACUAGAGAUAGGCAAGGGGUGGGGAAGAGAUUUUAUCAGCAAUAGAGAAAAGAGAGCUAUUAUCUUGCAGUGACAUUUAUGGUUAUGGAGCUUGAUCUCAGUUGAUAAAACAGACACAUAUUUUUUUUUUUUUUUUAAACUGGCAAUUGGCCCUUCUCUCAAAGAAUUGAACUUGUUCAGAAAGGAAUGAUUAGAAGAACAAGGGAGAAAAUACCAUGUUGUUGAAAGAAACAUUGAAGGAAAUGGGGCUAUUUGGCCUGAAGGAGAGUAAGCUUAAUAGUUGCCACCACGACUUUGAGAGUGGCCACGCACCUGUGGGCUUCACGUUCCUAAUAAAGGCUGCUGCUUGUGGAGGCCCUAUUUUGUCCCAGGUCUUUAUAAGCAUUCUCAGUAACUCUCCACACCCCUAUGAGUUACAUUUCUUACCUGCAUUUUACAGCUGAAGAAACCGAAGCAACAAGAGAUUAGUUUGCCCAAGGCCAUGCUUCGAGGUGGUAGUUUUGAGGAGGGAGAUUUCAGCCUGGUGUAGAGAAGAACUUUCUAAUAACGAGUACUGUCUGAAAUUGGAAUAUAUUGUCUUCUGGGUAGCUCCCUAUUUUGGCAGUAGUGGGGGAUGAGAAGGAAUUUUGAUUGAUAUCGCAGAGAGGAUUCAAACAGUAUACGAAGGAGGGACUGGAUUCAAAGACACUUAGGGUUCCUACAUGAUCCAAAGAGUCAGAUGAGUCUAUGACUUCAUAGCUUUUUAAGAUAAUAAAGGUCACAGAUGACACAAGAGAUUCAAAUAUGUUAAAAAGAAAAAGUUAAUUGAGAAAGCCAUAUAUCCAGGAAUCCAAUGGUCAGAAUGGCUGGGAAGAAUUUAAAAAGGGCUUGGCCAUUAAAUUCAACCCUUCAUGAUAUCAGGAAUGUGGUUAAGUAAUAUCUCAACUUACUUAUAAACCUUUAAAACAUUUACUAACUUAAGAAGUGUGUUCACAAAUUAUAAUAAUUAAAACCUUUCUGAAAGAGUCUUCCAUUAAAAAAACUACGUCUUUAGCUUUUUCUGCUGGUGAUCAUAUUGGGAUGUGUGGUUAAAUUUGAAAAUAAUUUAAAAAAACAAAACUCAUUGCCAUAGGAUCAAAGUAUUCCUAAUGCUUCUAUUGGGAGCAAUAUUUAGGGAAAUCACAAUAAUGUAGCAGUAGUUAUACAGGAAAUUGCUAGGAUAAAAACAUCUGGGACAGCUUGCUCCAUUGUUAAUGCUGGAAAAUUCAACUUUGAUUCCAUAAGGAAAUAACAUGGAUACUUUCUAGAUCUACUUAAUAAUCUAAUGUUGGCAUGUAAUGGGGCCAUUUGAAAAUAAAAUUAUUUUCCUGUUUGUUGUUUUUGAAAAUUUUAUUUCUACUUUCAGAAGAAAUACAUAAUAUUGUGGACAAAAAGUUAUAGGUUUGUUUGUAGUUUAUUAUUGUAAAAUGUUUUUUUUCUUUUUUUUUUCCAGUUUCUCUCCUGUGUAUUUUUGGUCCCUGGUUGUAUCAGAGGACUUACAGUGUAUUUUAUAAAAAGAAUUAUUUUGGAAAAGAUAGUUUCCUGACUCUCCAUUAAAUAAUAUUCUUUGAUUCAUUGGUAUAUAGUUUAUGUUAUCAGACAACUUAAAUCUCUUUAAUGAGUAAAUCUGUGUAAUCUCUUAGGACAUUUUCUGGCAUGUAGAAAGUGCUCAAUGAAUAUUAGAAUAAUUAUCAUCUUUCAACCUUUUUGGAAACUUUUCAUUUGAAAAGAUAGUAUGUAUGUCAUUUUCACACAUUAGCCACAGAGUUUAUUGUGAAAAUUGUGCUGUUUUCUAAGUAAAAAGAAAAUUAGAAAUUUAUGGUAGCAGGUUUUUUUUCUUGUGUUAAUAAAGUCAAAUAAUUAUAAAAAUCUCACAAUAAUCUUUAAAGUAAUAUUGUAGAUUGUGAAACAAAUUUGUAUUUACUCCAUUAUUUAAAGUUGGUGCCAUAUACAGGAAUGUAAAAUGGUAUCACCACUUUGGAAAUUGAUUUGGCGCUUCCUUAAAAAGCUAGAAAUAGAACUACCAUAUGAUCCAGCAAUCCUGCUCCUUGUAAUAUAUCCUAGAUAAAUAAGAGCCUUUACAUGAACAGAUAUAUGCACACCCAUGUUCAUUACAGCCCUGCUUACAAUAGCAAAAAUGUGG